AUGAUCCGAACAGCCAUCCACCUACUUGUACCCUGGGCAAUCUUACUGCAACUAUUUGGAACUGUUCAUGCAACUGUCAGUAGUGAUUAUAGAUACACGUACCUGAAUGUUCUUCGGAAAACUCAUCUGGACCACGUUGACAGUCAUGACAAAAACGAUGUGGAAGAAACCUUCCUAAAUCAACGACUGGAUCAUUUCGAUCGCACAAACAGGGCCACGUUCGAACAAAGGUAUUUCUCGACGGAUCGAUAUGUCCUUGAAAACCCAUCGAAAAAUGUCAACUUCUUGUGCGUGGGAGGCGAAGGACCUGGGUUCGACAAGAGUGUAUUGAUAGAUUCGGUUCACUGUACAGGGGAUAUGCUGGAGCUGGCGCAAAUCAUGUCCAAAAAGCAUGGCGUUAGCGUCCAGGUAUAUGCCCUUGAACAUAGGUACUACGGGAAAUCAUACCCUUCUUUCUCAGACUCUCCUGUCACUAUUCAAAAUCUCAAGUACUUGAGUUCGCGGCAGGCGUUGGAAGAUUUGGCCCAUUUCGUUCAUCACAUCAACGACAAACAAGGUAGAGAGACCCGUUGGGUCACGUUUGGAGGUUCUUAUCCUGGAGUCCUGGCUGCAUAUGCACGCUUUAAAUAUCCUCACAUGAUAUUCGCGGGUGUCUCUUCUUCUGCCCCCGUGAAGAUCGUCGUUGACUUCCCCGAUUAUUAUCAUGUGGUGGGAAAAGACUUGAGGUAUUCAAAAGUUGGCGGCUCGCCUUCCUGCUACGAUAUUGUGAAAAAAGGACACGAACAAGCCACUCAGCUUGUCGACCAUGAAAAAUUUGCAACCGACUUUAUGGUAUGCGACGCAAGCAAGCUCAAAGAAAGGCGGAACCAAGAGAUAUUGCUUGGAGAUGGUCUCAUCAACAUCCCUUCGCAGUCAAAUGACCCCGGAUGCACAGAUGACCUAUGCAACAUUCGGCGGUUAUGUGACUUUAUGGAGGAAAUUCAUUCUGCAACCAACCUGACGGAACUUGAUGUUUUAGCAACGGUGGCAUCAAAACAGCGACGUUCAGACGAAUGCCUGGAAGUCGACUGGAACAAGACUCUUGUGGAACUAAGUAAGCCUGUCGUUACGGGCGAGGGCUGGCGGUCCUGGUUGUGGCAGACUUGCACUGAAUUUGGAUUUUAUCAGACUUGCGAAGAUGAGCAGUGCCCCUACGCCUCAUCCUAUCAUAGAGUAGAUAUUGAUUUGGAGAUUUGCAAAGUUGCAUUCAACGUGACGGAUGUAUAUGAAAACAUUGAAGCUUCAAUAAAUUAUUACGGUGGACUGGAUGUGAAUGGCGGUUCCCGAGUCUUGUUUAUAAACGGCGAUGUAGACCCCUGGUCCGCUUUAGGAUUGCUGAAUUCUACCGAUCACGAGUUACCAGCGAUUGUAGUCCCAGGAGCAAGUCACCAUGCGUGGACACACUCAAAACAGGCGACAGAUUCGACGGAAAUUCAACAUGCAAGGGCAAUGAUUUAUGCCACUGUCACUGGGUGGCUCACCGAUGAGCGCUCUACCGAAGGUAAACGAGUAGUUGGCACUGUUGGUUCUCUACGAAUGAACAAUGUUGUCUCGAGCACCUAA